AUGGAAGCCCAGAUUGCCCUGGUCCGGAGUGCACUCCAUGCUUUGUUUUCGGCACAUGAUGGCGCAACCCGUAAGGCAGCGGACAACUGGCUCCAGAACUUCCGCAACAGCACAGGCUCUUGGCAGCUGUGUUUGGCGCUGCUGUCACGGCCGGGCUUGGCGGAGUACGAGUACCAUUUUGCUGCCCACUCGCUGAGGUUGUCUUGCUGCAAGGUGCCGGAGCUGUUGGACGCCAAUGUGCUCCCGGGUCUGGCAGGUCAACUGGCGGCGCUGCUGCUGGCGAGCGUCGGCGGGGGAACCUGGCCUGUGGCUGGUCAGCUGAGCUCAGCACUGGCGGCACUGGCGGUACGGGCAGUGUGCUGGGAGCCUGAGGCACUGGUGCCGCAGCUGCUGUCGCUGCUGGCGCCGCAGGGGGGUGCAGGGCUGGGCGGUGGCAUGGCGGUAGUGGCAGGAGGCGGCGGACAUGCGGGCGCUGGCGGCGGUGUAGGGACGGUGCUGGCGGCGGCGGUGGGCGCGGAGGCGACGGCGGUGUUUGCCGUUCUGCAUGUGGUAGCUGGUCUUCCUGAAGCUUGUGUGGCUCGCGCCGUGUCAGCGCACCCGCAACGUAAGGCCCAAGUGGCGGCAGCGCUGGCAGUGGAUGCCACUGUCGUACCGCUGCUGCGCGCGACGGUGCACUCAGUGCUGCGACGGGCGGGACUUCAGCUGCUACACGCCUGGUCUGAUCAGCUGGGCGCAGCUCCACGAGGCCUUGAACAUGAGACGGAGCUCCUAAGUUGCCUGUACGAAGCCCUGGCUGCUUCCGACACCGCCACCCUAACUUCGGAGUGCCUCUGCGGCCUCUUCACCGCCUGUACGGCACUAUCCCGCGACGCCGCGGACGACGGCGAUCAGAGCGACACCUCAUCCUCAUCUUCCGGGAUGAUUCUGGGGGAGGCCGUUGCCGUACAUGGCGGCAGAGGCGGCGGACAUCGACGGGCCAACUUACGCGAGGCUGCCCCGGGCUUUCGCAAGCCGCGGCAAAUCAGCGGCGCCGCCGCAUCCACCGGCGGGUACAACACCGGCGGACGACAGCCCGUCGCCGCGGCCGCGACCGCGGGCCGUGCCGCGGCUACUGGUUCACCUGAUCAGCAGCUGUCCAACACACUGUUGCUCCAGCAGCUGCUACAUGGGCUGCAGGCGCUGUUGCAGGGCGCGGCGAUGGUUUACCGAGAGCAGCAGCACCAGCCGCCGCCGCCAGGGUCCAUGGAGGGGUGUGCCUUCUGGUCGAGUUGGUCUGUCGGGCCGCUGAUGGCGCUGCUGGACCAUAGCAACCCCGAGGACACGUACCUGGCUCAGCUGAUGGAGGCAUGUUCCAAACAGGGUGAUGGUCAUGGGACCACCUCGCCGUCAGGGCCUACCGCUGGCGGUGGCGGUGAUGGCGGGAUGGUGGUGCUGCAGAGCCACCUGCCAUUGCUGGCUCAGCUCCUGACGGGGCUGGUGUCGCGGGCGGCGCUGGGGCCGGAGGUGGCGGCGGCGGCCACGGCGGAUGCCCGCGACCUCCCCGAGGAGGUCCGCAUGGUUCGCCGGGAGCUGGGAGCCACGAUGCGGGACCUGGUGGGCCUUGUGGGCCUAGGCCACGUAGCUGCCUUCCUGGAGCGGAUGGUUUCGGAGCAUGCGUCGCAGCUGAAUGCGGCCGCGGCCGCGGCUGCUGCUGAGGGUGUUGUCACCAGAGGCGGGCCAAUGGCUCCCAAUGCCGUCGCAGCGGCUGCUACAGCCGCCUCAUGGACACGUCUGGAAAGCUCGCUGUAUGCGGCCAAUGUGGCGUUGUGUAGCGGGGCGCUAGGGGCCUCCGUCGGGAUCAUUCACAACAGCAGCAACAGCAGCAAAAGGUUUCCCGCGGGCAGCCCCAGAGUCAGCAACACACCCACCGCCGCCAGCUCCCCGGCUGUGGAUGACGCCCACGUCGCCUCCAUCAUCUCCACUGCCGCCGGUGCCGUCGUACACCCCGCCAGCUCCCUCAAACUUGCCGGCACGGCGCUGACGCUGGUGGGUGGCAUGGCGGCGUGGUUUUCGGAGCAUCCCCUGGAGCUGGCGCGGCCGCUGGAGGCGAAGCUGGCGCGCAAUGCGGCGACGGCGCUGAACCGUCUCUGCGUGCAUGGGGGCUGCGCGGCCCUGCUGCUGGGGCGCUACGCUGGCUGGGUGGACGGACUGCGGAGUCUGCUGCCUGGGCCGGAGGUGUCGCUGCGACACAAGCCCGCGCCUGGUGUGGAUAUGACCUCGAAGGAGCUCUUGGUAGCCUCCCUCAUGCGUCUGGCCUGUAGCAGCAUCAGCAGUAGCGUUCCGCCACCGCGGCAGCCGCACUUGCAGCAGCAGCAGUUUCAUCAUUCUGUGGCGCUCCUCCGUCAAGGUCCCUGUAGCUCUGGCAGGGAUUUGGUGGCGGCGGCGGCGGCGGCGGCGGCGACGGCGCCCAUGUCUCGUCACGGCUCUUGUGAGUUGGAUGGUGACGGAGGCGGCAGCAGCGGCGGCGACGGCGCGCCUGCGCCUUGCGGUGCGCUGGCGCCACAAGUGCUGCUGCAGCAGUUGCUUGCGUCGCGGGUGUUGGCCUCGGCUUCGGAGCUGGAGCGCUUGGCGGCGGCGCUGGAGGGCGCGAAUGCGCCGGGGACGCUGCAAGCGCAUCUGCAGUUGUGGCGCAUCAAUCGCCAGCAACAGCAACAGCAACAAUACAUCCACACGCAUCAUCACAACCACCAUCACACAAAUUUGUAUAUAUCGGCGCCUGCAUCACACCUCUAUCCCCAUAAUCAGCAACCGCAGCAGCAGCUGCUGCUGCUGCAUUGCCAGCAGCACUGCCCGCAGCCGUGCCAUCACCACGGGCACGUGCACGGGCAAAUGCAGGGUCAGAUUCAUCGCGCGCAGGUGGCUUCGUCACCCGCCGCCCCUGCCGCCGCCGCUGCGGCGACUGCCGCCGCAUCUCAGCGCAUGCAGCUGUGCCAGCCUGGGUCGCCGCCGGAGCUACACCUGCUGGGCACCGCCGCGCUGAUGGCGGCGCUUCGCCUUGGCGGGCUGGCAGGCAUGAUGCUAUUCAUACCUGCGGCAGGACAGGUGCAGGAUAUGGGUGCCAGCAUGUCGGGCGGUCGCAGGGGGACCGAUACGGCGGCGCGCGGGACAUCGCAGGAGGCGGCAGCGGCACUUGCGAGUAGGGCGGCGUCGGCCACGGAGGUCGACGCCGCCGCUACCGCAGCGGUUGUGUCGAUUGUCGUACAGGUUAUCCGGGCGGUCUGGCCUAACCUGAUGGCGUGUCUUCGGUCGAGCGCGUCUGCAGCCGGAUGCGGUAGCGGCACUGCUACCGCCGUACCACAAGCGGUUGCUGACGACGCGGCGCGCGGCGGGACCAGUUUGUUGCUGGAAACAUGCGAAGGGGCGCAUCUUUUGCCGGCGGCCUGCUCGCUGGUCCACGGCGCGCUGCUGGUGGUCGCUUCGCCACAUAGCGGCAAUGGCGGCGGCGGCGGCUCCGCCGCUGCGGAGCUGCUUUCCUGCGCCGUCUGCCUCCUGGGCCUGGCUCACGGAACUCCACCAGUACCCCCGUCAGAUCAGCAGCUCCAUCAUCAGCAGUGGCCGGCGAACCUGGACUGGCCCAUGGAGCCGGGCGCUGCGACUUGGAGAUCCGCCGCUGCCACGGGCGCGAGAGCAGGCGAUGGCUUGCAACACCAUCGUCCUCCUCAUUAUCAUCAGCAGCAGGAGGCUGUGCGGCCGCUAUGGCAUGGCCCUCCUCGGUGCAUCUUGCAACUGGUGCUUGGUUGCUUGCCGCUCUGCGGUAAGAUCCUGGCACAACAGCAGCAGCUACAGCCGCAGCCGCAGCUGCUGUUGCACCAACUACUUAGUUAUCAUCAUCAUCAUCAUCAUCAUCAGCAGCAGCAGCAGCCACAGCAGCAGCAUUAUCAACAACAGGCAACGACAGAAGGCCAGGCGACUACGGUGGCGGAGCAGGCCGUGCGAGCGGCAUGCCUUGUCGCCCAGAGCGCCUGUGCGAGCUUGCAGAUUCGCAUACAGGCCGUCCGCGUUGGGCGGCCCAUGGGUCUCGCUCCUUCUAGUGCCACCGGAGCUGUCCCUCUGGUGCCGCUGGUCCUAGAUUCGGAGCGGGUUCUUCACGUGGUGCCGGUGCUUCAAGCGUUGCUGCUGCACACGCCACAGGCCUUGGCGACGUCCAGGGAGCUCCUGGAGGGGUUCGUGGCGGCGACCGUAGCGAGCAUCUACUGCCAAGACCCGGAGGCCUGCAGGGUGGUCCUGGAUUGGACACAGCUACUGCUGUGUACGGCGGCGUUUGCGCCGCCGACAGCAGCUGCGGCUGCGAUGGCGCUUCUGCCAGCAGGCCGGGCCGCCGGGCUCCUUGGACAUGGAGCAGGAAGUCGUCGUGGUGGCGAAGUAUCCGCCGCUGGAGGCAGCGGCGGCGGCCUGGCGGCGCUACAAGCGCGUUGCCUGCAGGUGCCAGGUCUGGAACGCGCCUUUGCGGGCAUUGCAUCGCAGCUAGACAUGCCUUGCGCCUGCUGUCCUCCGAAUGAAGCCGGCCUGGUUUAUACUGUCGCGGCGGCGGAGGCAGGGCUUGCCGGCGGCCGCGCCGACGGAGGCAGUGACGCCGCCGCCGGCACAUCGAACACACUGGUGGCGACGGGCAGCCUGGGUGCCGUACUUGUGCUGUCCUUGAUGGUGGCGGCUGCGGGCGCAAUGCCGCCGGACUUGUUGCUAACCGUGAGCACGUGCUUGCACAAUGCCUGGCAAGCCAUGGGCUCGUCGCGCUUUCGGACGUGGGUUCGUACGGCGGCGGUGGAGCUGUGCAACCCCGCCGGGGCCUCCGCUGCUGGCGGUAUGGCGGCCGCGGCCGCGGCUGGACUGAUGCCGUGGUCUCGCUUGAAGCCCGAGGUUUUGACAGCCUCAUUGGACGAGCUUCUUGGUGAGGAGUGUGUGCGGGAUGUAUUGAAGUUCAAGAGGUCGCUCAAGAUGCUUUGCGGUGGCAAGAAGAAGGGCGGCGGCGGUGCGUGA